AUGGCGUCCUGCCAACAGGGAGGCAGCAGCACCUCCAUGGCCAUGGCCAAUCUCACCAUCAAGCUCCCGCGGGUAGGGGAGCAACAGAGGCAAAAAAAUUUCUUGUUUUCAGGGAUGCAUCAUGCAGGAGAGGAUGAGUGGUGGGAGUACUUCCCAUGCCCCUUCUGCUACAUUGAGGUGGAGGUCCCCUUCCUCUGUGACCACCUGCAGGAGGAGCACUGCUUCGACAUGAGGAAUGCUGUGUGCCCGAUCUGCGCCGACAACCUCGGGGCCGACACGACAGGGCAUUUCAGGGAACGGCACUCACAGCAACUCAAGAUGAGGAAGUCGUCUUCUUCCAGAGCAGGGGCAGCAGGUUCUGACAAGGAGGCAUAUGAAGAGGACGACUCCUACUUUGAAGAAUCAUCGUACAUCAUGGGCCAGCCGGUUCCUGAUGAUCAUUCACCUGACCCUCUGCUCUCCCAGUUCAUCUGCACGGUCGCGCCUCCGGUCGUCGAUCCGGAGCCCAGCAAGGCCGAGGAGGAGGAUCAUGCUGCACCGUCCUCGGAUGAUCAGAGGCUGAAUCAGGUUGUCAUGGACGAUGCGUCGAAGAAGGACCUCGAGGAGCGGUUGCGGAGGGUCGAGUUUGUGAAGCAGAUGCUGAUGACAACGAUAGCUUGGGACUGA